AUGUCCUCCGAUGCCCCCCUCGUCUCUUUUCUCCCUCUGGGAGCCAUAAUCCAAGAGCUUCGCGUCGGCGACCUCAAUAUCGUCCAGGGCUUCCCCACUCAGGACCUCUACGUCUCCCACAACGGCCCCUUCUUUGGGGAGACCAUCGGCCGGGUUGCGAACCGCAUCUCUAAUGCCAAGCUUGACAGUCUGAAUGGGGGCAAGACGUAUAGCUUGGCUGCGAACAACGGGGUGAAUAACCUCCACGGAGGAGUCGUUGGUUGGGGGAAGAGGGUCUGGGAUGGGCCGGUUCCUGUUGGUGUCAGAGAGAUUCCUGGGGUGGGCAAGAUUGAAGGCGGGGAGAGCGUCAAGUUUACGCUUGUGAGCGAGGACGGGGAUGAGGGGUUUCCGGGGGAGGUGAAGGCGACGGUGGUGUAUACUGUGGGCAAGCAGACGGAGGGGGGGAAGGAGGUUGUUGUGCUGGGGAUGGAGUACGAGGCUGAGCUGGUUGGGGAGGGGGUGGAGGAGACGGUUGUCAAUAUGACGAAUCACUCUUACUUCAACCUUACCGGCGGCUCGUCAAUCGAAGGCACGGAGGUCACCCUCGUGACGAACAACUACCUCCCCGUUGACGACGGCGGUAUUCCUACCGGCGGUCCCGCCCCCUUUGCCAAGGUCCAGGGACAAACUCCGUUUGUUCUUGGUGCUCAAGAGCCGGAUAUUGACGACUGCUUUGUUGUUAACGAGGCCGCUGGUUCUAUUCCUAUCGACACCCGCGCCGAGUCCCUGACCAAGCUCGUCAGUGCUAGACACCCUGAGACUGGCAUCCACCUCGAGGUUCUCAGCACCGAGCCCGCCUUCCAGUUCUAUACUGGCAAGUACAUUGACGUGCCUGAGGUGGCUGGCAUCCCGGCGCGCAAGGCCAGAAGUGGGUUCUGUGUCGAGCCGAGCCGUUAUGUGAAUGCGGCGAAUGUGCCCGAGUGGAAGAGCCAGAUGCUGCUCAAGAAGGGGGAGAAGUACGGGACGAGGACUGUGUACAGGGCUUGGAAGGAGUAGAUUGCAAUUGCACCUACAUGAUACCGGGUAGUCUGACAGAAUGAAUAAAAGUAACAGGCCAUAGGCUCUUCAUAA